UUGUUUCAAUAUUCCGUACAUUAGGUGGCGGCAAUACACCAAUAGGUGUAGUUUACCGUAACUUUAAAGAAGAAGAAGAACUUCCGGUUCUCCUUGCUUGCUUUCUUCGCUAAAAAGCCGGAGUGUGGUCUUAGGAAAGAGUUUAGCCAACUAUCUAGCUAACGUUACGGUACACGUGAAGACUACCUAAUAUGGGUCGCCGCAAGUCCAAGAGAAAGCCCCCCCCAAAGAAGAAGCUUACUGGAAAUUUGGACACUCAAUUCACCUGUCCGUUCUGCAAUCACGAAAAGUCAUGUGAUGUGAAAAUGGAAAGGACCAGAAAUACUGGGAUAAUAUCAUGCACAGUUUGCCUGGAGGAGUUCCAAACCCCCAUUACCUAUCUGUCAGAGCCUGUGGAUGUGUACAGUGAUUGGAUAGACGCUUGUGAAGCAGCCAAUCAGUAGCCCAGGCUCACCGGGGCGGAAGACCUCACGUUGGAACAGGAAGCUGAUUUAGAGGUGGCGCUCGUCUGUUUCUCACCAAUCACUGCCAGUCUUCAGCUCAAGAUGAUGGUCCCGUUCCAGGCCGACUACAUUGCAGACGUCGCAUUGCAUCAACCAAUAGUUGCGUGCCACGUCAUCAACUGCAGUUGGGCAUCAUAUUGCUGUGUCAUGUGGUUAGCUGAUAUGUGAACCAACUAUCCAGACGUUGUGAGAUCUGGCAGAUGCCUACAAUGUAGUCAGCCUGGUAAGCAACCUCUGACCUUUACCUCACCGCACAUCUCCCACACUAGUGACCUGGCGUCCACCGAGACUGUCUUGCGUAGCCAUAGUUCAGUCCAGAGCCCUAUAUAGAUUACGCCCCAAAUGGCACCCCAUUCCCUAUGUAGGGCACUACUUUUGACCUGCUCCCGUAGGGCUCGGGUGGAAAAUAGUGCACAAUAUAGGGAAUAGGGUUCCAUUUGGGAUGUGACCUUAAAGGUAUAUAUGACUCUGGUUAAGUCAACCUAUUCCCCUACUCAUUACCAUUUUAAUUCAUACAGACUUCAUUUUAGCGGUCAGAUGUCAUGGCUCCUAGCUUACUGGUAGGAUUAUACAGUUAGUAGCUGCUCUUGGGUUAGUUUUGGUUUUACCACAAUUAGUUUUUACUCUCCCCUGUGUACAGAGAUACACAAUACCACAGUGUACAGCAAUACCAUAGUGUUGGGUCAUUCCAUUGGGGUAUAUUCGGUGUGACUCUGAGUGUGUUUAUGCAGAGUAACCUAGUGGGGUGUUCCAGAAAGCAGGAUUGUUAAGUUAGCCAGCUAACUUUGAUAUGCAGUUAAAUAUAUCUUUAUUUUAUAUUUAGAAAGCUAAACUUGAAUAUGGGUUGUUGUUGGUUGUCAAGUCAAUUAUACCAUGACGAUUUCAAGUUGGAUUUUGUUGGGACUGUUAGCUGGCUAAGUCAAUGAUCCUGCUUUCUGGAACAGUCUAAACUCUCAAGUGGUUUCUGAAAUAUUUUCUAUGAAUAUCCCAGGUCCUUUUUCUUAAUGUGGAAAUGGUUACGGUAUCUCCCUGAAGACAUGUUGCAUCAUUCCUUUGUUAGAGACAACGUACUAAAAGGGAGAGGUAGGAUGGGACAUAAACAGUAGGUCCAAAUUAGUAUUAUUGAUCUGAUUAUUUUAGUUUUUCAAAUGAUAAGAAAAUUGCCAAUGAUUUGCAAUUGGUUGCCCUUUGUGAUAUUGUAAUGAGUUUUAUUUUCAAUGUGACAAAUUAAAAAGUGUUGUAUUUUGACAUCCACAA